AUGAGCUGGCUUCGGAAUAUCCCCUUUAUUCUUAUUGGGGUUAUUGUCGAUGUUUUGCUUUUCCGGUACUCGAGGAAGGAAGCUGACGAUCCUUUUAGAGGAAUAUGGUUCUGGGUGUUGGUGUCUUUUGGAUGCUACAUGCCCGUGGCGUUGAUUCAUUUAGGGGGAAUGAAGGAUGCUUUGUUGAUGAUUGUAAAGACGAUUGCUUAUGUGAUGAUUGUGGUUUUGGGUUACAUGAGAAUCCCUUAUGAUAUCAAGUCAAGUAUGGUUUUUCUUGUUUGUUUAAAAGUAAUGCCAAUAUUUGAUUAUUGUUUUUUCCAGUUUACUCCACGUUGA